GAGUAAUGAAGGGGACAGAACCAAACAGGAGCAAGUCCCAGAUCCUUCCUGUAUAGACCAAGAGAAUAGAGAUUUUAUAGGUUAGUUUUUUUCCAUUACAAAAAAUCAAUCUAAGACUUCAACUGGGACCAUAAAAUUAAGUAAAAAUUUGAUAAAAUCCUCUUAAAAACAUCCAGGGCUCUAUAACCAUAAAACAAUUUACAUUUAACAUCUGGAUACCUUUGUGAUAUUCUAAAGUCACUGAGUUGCUGACAAAGUGUUUUUUUUUAUUCACAGUCACAAAUGCAGAUUAUCAAUAAUUUUAUUAAUGGAUUUGGAUACUUUUUGCUGAUAAAGCUCAGCAAAAAUUUCAGAUUAUUAUCUUUUAGAACUUUCUGAUAGUGGAUUUAUUUUUGUUUAUUUACAGAAGGCUAUGGUGAUGAUCGCAGAGAUACACUAGAGGCAUUUCCCUUCAGUCAGCAGUUGCCACCCCCUGUUAGUGAAGAUGUGGAACUUCGAAAGAAGUUAAAAAACAUGGGCAAAGGUAGGAGGAUGCUGAAAAAUAUGAGAAAAUUUUUUUUAGAUGGGCUGCAGAGCAAUAGCCAUGGAUGUUUCUUCAUGAUACCAGGGUCCAUUGAAUGGAGGUUUUUACAGUAUUAUAAACCCUUGGGGCUUACCAAUUAUGAGCUCUGAAAGAUUUGUAAAAACAACUAAACCAUUCAGAUUUGAACAGUUUUGAGUCCUUUUAAAAAAAAAAAUAUUUCCUGACUUAAAUAUUGAUGUAGAAAUUAAAAUACAAAAAUGAAACGCUGAAAUUACCAUGACUUAAAAGUAUCGGCAGCCAACCGAUGGGCCUGUUGAGCCGAUCUCAGAAAGAAGAAAGGGGGGGGGGGGAAACAACAGGCGUGAGUUUUUAAUUAGUUGUAUAUUUUUGUUUAGCCUCCAGAAGGCAGUUUGCAGCAUUAGCAAGAAGAUUUUUCCUGAAGAGAAAAAAGAAAUCUGCCCAGCAAAUG